CGCAUUGUUCUAGACACAAGUGAAGAACCACGUGUUCGCCAUUUUCUGGCGAAAUUGAAAUUGACAAUAAAAUCCAAUGAUGUACUGAUUUGUGCAAAAAAAAUUGUUAUCAAGUGUUACUUUUUUCGUAAACUGUUAGUCCAUGAAAUCUGCUGUGGUGACACGAGGUUAUCGCGUUCAAUGGAAUCGCAAAAACUUUAUGCAUCGAAGCCUUUUCCUGUGAUUCGGCAAAGAAAUGGUGAAACUGCUUCGAGACAUGUUUGCAAUCCAAAAUGGCGUCCGGAUCAAAAAGUUGCAAUGUCGUGCCGGCCAGCGUGUUCAUUAAUGGCCAAUGAAGACAUCGACGAGAGGGACGCUGGCCAGGCGAAAGAGAGGAGAAAUCUGGGGACGGAUCUGAAUCUUUACUCUUGAAAUGGUGAUGAAGUGGACGAAAAUCUUGUGAAGGGGAAAACAAGGAGCGACAUUUCUCUCUUAAUGUCACCACGCCAGAGGUUUUCCAUUGGGCUUUUCCGUGCCCCGACUUUUCGUUGAGGGCAAGGAAAAGUUCAUUCAUUUUCGAUGAGAAGAGUCUACGACAAAGUAGAGACUAUCGGACCGGCGGCUAGUUUCGACGUUGAUGGCAUACUCUAUGUCGUCCAGGUAGUUGGGUGUAGUUGCGAGUAACAAUGUCGAAGCAACAAUGAAUGAUUGGUAAAAAGAAAAGUCUUUUCGCUUCCUCAUUUUUUAGUUUGAAUCUGAAGGAAAGAAACGGAUAACGGAUCCACACACAGCGACGGCCACAUGUUGGAUGCGUGUCGUUUACCUUUAUAGACUGUACUGUACAUAACACACGUAACACAGAGCACAGCGCCCGCCUUCCUUAUAGUACGUGGCUGGACGGGUUGACGCACCUUAGUCGUUCACGGGAGCGAAAGCAUCUGAGCGUGACUUUGCCCACCUCCUUACGAGCUUUCGAGACCCAAUGGCAGCAACGCCGAGGGGACCUUGUAUAUAUCUUACGGCAUCCUGUCAACGGGCGGAGCCGCCCCGACCUGUUUAUUUAUUAACAAAGUGAUUUUUAUUUAAAAAAAAAAAAAAUUAUUAUUAUUUAUUAUUUUUUAAAAUCUCUUUGAUGCACCUCACUCCUGUUUGGGGUGGGUUGGGUGGUCUUGCGCGAGAAGGUGGUUGUGCUAACUCCGUCCAAGUCAGACACAGAUAGGAAUAAAAAAAAACAUCGAUGCUUGCAUGUUAAGAGGGUGGCAAUGCUGGGUGGUUGGUUAGUCGUCAAAGCAUAGUAUAGUAGGCUGGGCUUGGAGACGCUUGGCUUGGCAUUGUGCUCGCCCUCUUCCCUCCUCUCUCUCUCUCUCGCUAUCCUCGAUAAGAUAAGCCACUCUCCUACAGACGCAGUUGAAACCUUCAGUCGGUCGCCGCCUUCCUUGCCAUCCCGUUGGCGCGCUCCUCUCCCUUCUGUAGCCUUUUGCCUUCACCUGGCGACGCCAGCUGCCCGCUUGUCUCUCUCUCUCUCUCCCCUCUCUCUUUUCUCUUUAUUCUAGAACCCCUCCUCCCCUCUUGGCCCGUCCCUCUCUUGAUUAUAGUCAGGCCAUCUCAAUCCUCCCUUUCUUCCCUCCGCCGCCUCACCCGACGACUACCCAACCACCUCCUUUACUCCUCCUGCCUUUUCCUCUACGUGCUGGGCAGCCCUUUUUAGUGGAGCGACUCAAGGCAAACGACUUCAGUCACUGCCAAGGCUUCGUCUCGAGAGGUCUGUCGUCGAGACGAUCCGACUCUCUGACACUCUGAAACUAUUUCGACUUUGAAAAACCAACAAUUUAUUUUUGUGUGCCAUCGGACUCUGACGAAUUCCCAACUCUCCCGCAUUUGACAUUUAGUCCCUUAUUCGAAUUCGUUUGAAUUUGGAAGACUUUGAAACAUUCUUUCCUUUAAAAAAAAAAAAAGAAAAGAAUUUAAGUUGCGCGCGCACCGAUUUGAUUUGAAAAUCCGGUGAAGUGAAUUGAAUUUUCGUGGUCGACAACGAGGCACCAACUGGAAUUCAACUGGAACUUCAACUUAGAGCGGACAAAGGAUCCGAAAACCGUGAGUUGCAUUUAAUAGACAAAAAAAGAAAGAAUUUGAUGGCGCUGCUGGAGCAUCCCUCCUCGCAAGGAGGUUAUUCGCUCUCAUUCCUGGCCAAAGCGGCCAACAAUAAUCCAUCGUCGGCCAUGGUGGGCGACCUGUUAGAUCAGCAGCGCAGCAGCUCUGAGCUGUCACAUGUGGUCGGACACGACAGCAUUCAAGUGACGGGCAAAGUGGCUCUCAGCCACUCCCCUUCCUCAUCGACGUCCGGUGGAGGUGGCAGUAGCGCACAGUCCGUGGCCGUGGCCACCUCUGUCAUCCGGCGAAGUCCGGACAGCCCAGACAGUGGCAACGAGGACUCUGCCUGGUUCCUUCGUCACGUCCUUCAACAGCAACAGCAACAGCAACAACAUCAUCAGACUGGCGAACAUCAAGGAUCGGCUACGCCCUUAACUCCGGCCACGUCUCCGGCCCGUGGCAUCCGCCGACCUCGACACGAUUCCAGCGCAUCCGACGUCGAAGCUUCGGCUGCCGAUCAGGUGGAACUGGACGACGAGGACGAGGAGAUUGAUGAAUUGAAAAAAGAAUCCAUCAACCAUUCGGAAGACGAAGAGGAAGAAGAAAAGAGCAAACGGACGCGCGUCGAGUCGAUUGUUUCGACGAUGCGCACGUCCACACCGGCCGCUAUUAACGGCUGCAAGAAGCGCAAACUGUACCAGCCGCAGCAGCACGGACACAAGUUCACAUCGGAGGGCGAAGAAGAGGAAGACGAAACGACGGACGAACGCAACGAUUCGCUUUCAGAGGAGCAACACGAGCUGAGUAUGGCUCGUGCUCAGGCUUCUUCGCGUUCCAGCUCUGCCCAGCAGCAGCAACAACAGCGCGAGGUGAUGCAGAUGCAGCAAACGCAACCACACGAUCCUAUUCGAUCCCUUCAGGAGCGCAUCGCUUCCCUACACCAGCAGCGUUUCGCCGCGCUCCAACAGCAACAGCAAAGGUCGGAGAAAAUGAACAACGAGCCUGUCCAGCAACAGCAGCAACCGCAGAUCAGACGGCCGGUGCGGGACGACGCUGGACGUACUCGCAACGCGCUUCAACAUCAUCAACCGAUGACGUUCGGUAUGCGUUCCAAUUUGCCCAGUGGCGAUUUGAGUCACGUUAGCCAGGCUCAUGCCGCCUACCUGGACGCUACCCGUCGGAUGUUGAUGGAACAGCAGCGCCAACAGGCGCCUAGCAAAAGCCAACACGUUCAACCGCCACAGCAAUUGCCCGUCAGCAACGUCCAGCAACCAGCCCAGCCGCUGAACACCAAAGAGCCAGUGUCAUCCAACAGCGAACUGGAAGGUUUAGCCGAAAUGUUGAAAUCCGAAUUGGCUUCUUCAUUGGCCCAGCUGGUGGACAGCACUCUGUCUCGCUUCGCCGCAGCCCAGCAGCAGCAGCGUCGCCAUGUCAUUGUUAACAACCAGAAAUCAUCGGCCAAUUCGAUAUCUGCUGAUGAAUCGGAACUGAGCAAAUUGCAACGCGGCCGCGUCAUUGACCGCGGACUGCGCAACGGCGAUUUGGCCGCUCUUGGUUUGACCAACUCGCCAUUUUUGCGGACGCCUUACGGCCCGCUUCCUCAUCACCUCUUCCCUCAACAGCAGUCUCCCAAUUCGGCGUUGAACCACAUCGUCAACUCUAUUGGAGCAGGUAUUCAUCCGGCUGCGGCAGCGGCCGCCGCGGCCGCCGCUGCUGCCGGUUUGGCCAAUAUGGGCCAAUUCGCUCAGCAACAGCAGAGCAGCAAGCAGCAACAGCAACAACAGGAGGAACAAGACGCCAUCGACGCCGAUGCUGCCGAACAGAAUGAAGCCCUCAGUCUGGUCGUCUCCCCCAAGAAGCGUCGCUUUACCACCGCCGCUGCUGCCAAUAACAACAACAAAACGGCCUCGUCUGAGAGGAACUCGAGCCCUGCGCCUGGAAACCAUCAGAACGUUGAGACCCGCCUCUCGCCGUUAGAGAUUUCUCUGAUUAAUCACAGUUCGAGCGCCCAUUCUCCUCCGCCGUCGCGCAGCCCGACGCCGCCUAGCCAACAACAACAGCGCUACCCUGUUCCGGCAGCUCAACAGACGUCGGCCGCUGCUGGUGGACCGCCGCCUUUGCUCCACCAUCCAAGUCUCUUCUCCAAUUAUUCGGCCUAUUUCGCCGCUGCGGCUGCGGCCGCCGCCGCCGGAGCCCAACAGGCUCAGGCCGCCCAAGCUGCCGCUGGAUCAUCGUCUCAACGGAGCUGCAAGAGCCCCGAGUUGGAUCUGACGUCUGCGUCGACAUCGGCAUCACUUCUGCAUCCGGCCUUGUUGGCCAGUCAUCACAGCCAUCAUCAUCAUCGCAGUCACCACCACAGUGGUGGUGGACACCAUCAGCACGACAAUACGGAUCGCCAUUCUGAGUCGUCGGAUGGAGCCAGCCCGUACGGAAGCCUCCACCAAUCGUCGACGCUGACGCCUAUGCAUCUGCGCAAGGCUAAAUUGAUGUUCUUUUGGUGCCGCUAUCCCAGCUCGUCCGUCCUCAAGACGUUCUUCCCCGACGUGAAUUUCAACAAGAACAAUACCGCGCAGCUCGUCAAGUGGUUCUCCAACUUCCGGGAAUUCUAUUACAUCCAAAUGGAGAAGUACAGCCGCCAAUUGUUAAGCGAAGGGGUGGUCAAUGCUGAUGACAUCCACGUGUCACCCGACUCGGAACUCUUCCGCGCUCUCAACCUCCACUACAAUCGCAACAACCACAUCGAGGUUCCGUCGCCUUUUGUUUUCGUCGUUUCGGAAACGUUGCGUGAAUUCUUCAAGGCAAUCCAAGCCGGAAAGGACUCGGAGCCUAGCUGGAAGAAAGCCAUCUAUAAGAUCAUCGCCCGUCUGGACGAACAAGUUCCAGAGUACUUCCGGACGCCCAACUUCCUCGAGCACUUGGAGUAAAACUUAUUGAAAGUCUGUCUUUUGCGUGAAUAAGAUAUCAGACAUCGGACUACUAGUGUGCUACUACUGCUAGCGUACACCAACUACAACAUAUAUUAUAGCUGGCCUCUGUACAAAGUAUAGCGAACACAACAAACAACAAAUAAGACGGCCAUUUUCAUUCGUUCUUUUUUUUCUUUUUUCGCUUUGAUUGUCGACAACCCAAACAAAGAAAAGCCUUUUAACAAACGUGUAGACGUGUUGUUUCCGAGGCUCUAUUCCCAAACCAAAACUUUGGCAAAUCUCUCCCUUUCCCCCUUAAAAAAAAAACCCAAAUCUCUCGUUAAUUAAUGGCCGAUCGACGGAUAGAUUUGAUUUGAUUU